AUGGAAAGAUUCCCUCCUUCGUCGUGUUGCUGUCGCAUGGAACCCGAGGAGGACUUCAGGAUCUGCUCUGCAGAUGAAGAGGCUGUCGAUAACCUUGCACAGAGUAGCCAGAUCCCCACGGGUAUGAUUGGCCCCGACAGCACAAACGCCGGCGCUCAGGUAGUCAUUCCCAGCUCCUCAGGCACUUCAAGCCUUGAAGAUCUUGAAGCGGCGACAGCCAUCCUAACGCAACGUAGCCUCUUUCGGCCUGAUUUGAUGCGAGGCGUUUCCUUGCGAAGCACGCUAAGGCAGGGGGGUUGGCUCUGGCUCUACAGCCCGUCGGUCCUAAGCUUUGAGAAGCGAAAGCAGGUCUUUGCCACAUCCAAGCCCACGGAACGAUUUGACAAGUUCUUGUCGCACACAUGGUGGACACAUGGGAAGUGGAAGAUGCUGUCUCUACUGAUCCACUUUGGCUGGCCAACCAUGUUGAUUGCCUGGACUCUUGGGAUAACCCUCUCCUUCGUACUCAGCUUCAUGGGCGUGUUGCCGGCAUGCACGAGCUUUGAGGUCCACGCCAUUGAAUUUCACGGCCAAGUUCCUUAUGGCUGCUGGAUCAUGCUGACCGGCCUCAUGGCCCCCAUUGCAGGGCUGAUGGCCUUUCCAUAUCUCCCGCGCCUUCAUGGAUCAGACACCUGUUUCUUGGACUUCGUGUGCAUCAAUCAGACAGACACCGACGAAAUGCAACAGGGGAUCCGAUGCAUCGGGCAUUUCCUGGCAGCAACAGCGGAGUUGCGGGUGCUUUGGAGCGCGCCAUACCUUUCGAGGUUGUGGUGCGUCUUCGAACUUGCAGCUUACCGCAAGAUGAACCCCUCCGGAACAAUUGUCAUCGCACCAAUUUUCAGAGAGUUGUUGGCAUGCAAAAGCUUCUUGUGGGUGAACUUGUUUACUUUCACGUUUUGGUUCUCCAGAAGGGGUCCUGAAGGAGGCGGUGGAGUGCGCCUGUUGGCUGUGUUUUUGUGCGCGUUUGCUGUUGUGUUCCCGUCCCUGGCACAUGUGGCGUGGAAACAGAAGCUGGACCGUGACAAGCUGGACUCUGACUUGGCUACGUUUGAUGUUUUGAAAGUGGAGUGCAGAAGCGAUUUCGACAGACAAUGCAUAUACGAUGCCAUCAUCCAGUGGUAUGGCAGUUUGGCCGCCUUUUCCGCACAUGUACAGGGGCCCUUUCGCCAGGAAGUGGUGAGGUUGAUGCGGGCCGGUGGCAGCGUGCCCUUUGCCUAUGUCUGGUUGAGCUUAAGCCCGAUCUUCUGCCUGAGUCUGGAGGGCUUCGUAGCCUUGUGGAGAGCCAACGCUCCAAUGGAAAGUGUGCUUGGUUUCGCCGUUGGCCAUCUGUUGGCCCAUGACAUCCUGUGGCUCCCUUCCAUCGUGAUCCUGUACCACUUCACAACCAGGCGUGAUUUCCGCUGUUGGACGUGUGGGAGCAAGUCUUUCGCUCUGGAGAGCGUUGUGGCAGCUAUUUUCUUUUGUGUCUUGUUCACCGGAGGAAGCAUGGUCACAGUCUUCGUCGCCUCCCGAAACUUUGGGUGGGUGCUUGCGUGGAUGGUUACAGCAUUGGCGGUGGCGGGCGUUUCUUGGGGUUUCUGCUGGCGAAUCUAG